CUCAGCCCCGUGCAUGCCCCCCGCCACCCCUCCCCCCCGUGAGGAGGGGUUUGGGAAGGUAGGGGCGGUGCGCAAAGCGUGGGGUGCGAGCGCGCAGCCGGAGCUGUCCCCGGGACUUAGUGCUGAAGUAGGCGCUGACGAACCAGGCGCCUGGUGCGGUGGCCAGAGAAGACCAUGGCGUUCAUGGUGAAGUCCAUGGUGGGUGGCCAGCUGAAGAACCUCACCGGGAGCCUGGGGGGCGGCGAGGACAAGGGGGACGGAGACAAGUCUGCAGCGGAAGCACAGGGCAUGAGCCGAGAAGAGUAUGAGGAGUAUCAGAAGCAACUGGUGGAGGAGAAGAUGGAGCGAGAUGCACAGUUCACGCAGAGGAAGGCAGAACGGGCCACACUACGGAGUCACUUCAGAGACAAAUACCGUCUGCCCAAGAACGAGACAGAUGAAAGCCAGAUCCAGCUGGCAGGUGGAGACGUGGAGCUGCCUCGGGAGCUAGCCAAGAUGAUCGAGGAGGACACGGAGGAAGAGGAGGAUAAGGCCUCUGUGCUGGGGCAGCUGGCCAGCCUCCCUGGCUUGGACCUGGGCUCACUCAAGGACAAGGCCCAGACUACCCUAGGGGACCUCAAGCAAUCAGCUGAGAAGUGCCACAUCAUGUGACCACUUCCCCUGGGGUUGUCUCUGGGAUGGCCAGAGGGCUGGUCCCACAUGAGGGCUAAGAGAGUGUCUCAACUUCCAGAUACCUCCACUCCAUCUUGGGCUUUCCCCCCCCCUGCCCUGGCCUAGGCCCAGAGCCUUCUCAUCCAUGUCCAGCCUCUCCCUCUCUAUUGCCAGCAGAGUUCCCAUCCUUCCCUCUCCCUCUUCUGCCUGGAAAGUUUCCCAAGUUGGUAGGAUUAGCCCAGCCCUCUCUGGGUACAGCUCCUUGUUCUUUCACACAAGAGCACUCACAGAAGGACACAGAAGCCCUGGCUCAUUUGCCACAGAUGCACCCUGGCACACAUAGACACACUCCCCUUGGGUUCCCAGCCCCUCCAGGUACCAGCGCUUGGAUGCUCAGAGGGACUCUGGGCACCCAGGAGGCCCGUUCCUACCCCCACCUUUGUCAUCCUAGAAGCUGUUCCUUCCGGGUUUCAUCUUGUCCUCUGUGAAAUGGGGCUGGACUGAGUGAUUUCUAAAAUUCCCUCCUGAUUGGCAUCCCUGGCCACUCAGAGCAGAGCUCACAUCCCUUCUUGGGCAGGGCAGCAGCUGCAGCCACAGCACCACACAGCUGCCACUGUGGGCUCUGGGAACGGAGCAAGGCUGUGUGAGGGGCUGAGUGCCAAGGAGGGAGCUGGCACUGAACAGUAGCUCAAGCAGCUCCAGACCUUCUCUGGGCCCAGGGCCCAGCCAAAAUUUGUUCUGUUCCUGUAGAAUUCUCUGGAUUCCAUAGUUGGAAUUUCCUCUUCUCGUUCAGUGGAAAUAAAAAUUCCAAAUGGCAUGGCUAUCUUCCUGCUGACUGGGAGUUCACAGGCCCCAAUCCUGCCCUCAGAGAGGGGUCUCCUCUACCUCUUCCCCCGCAGCUUCAGAGGGCCUUAGGAGAGGAAUGGGAAAAGGGGGCUCCUGUGGGACUCUUCAGGGUCAGUCCCUUUAAGAAUGCCCUCUCAGGGUCGACUGUGAGGGUAGGGGCUUCCCUGAGGGAGCAGAUGCACUGUGGGAUGGAUGAAGUAGGUCUAAGCACCAGGAGUCAGAGGAGGGGGCGGCAGCCAGCUGGAUGGAGAGGAGCAUGGGAAGGUGUUUCCUGAGGUUAGAGAGAGGGCUGUCUCUGACAUCUGUCCUGUAGUGUCCCCUCACCUAAGAGAUGGAGAACGAAACAGCAAAAAGGAUCACCGUGGGCCAGCCUGGCUCUGCUGUGUGUCCCUAAGUAGGUCCUUUGCUCCUCUGAGCCUGUGCUGCCCUAGUAAAAUGAAGAGUUCUCUUCCCCAAGCAUAAUAAACGUGUUUCAAAGAGUG